CUGCCCGCGGUGCUGUGUGGAGCGUGAGCGGGAAGGACCACGCUCAUUUGGUGUUUCUCCUCGGCUUCUCUUGCAGGCGGACCAAAGACAGGCGCUGCCAUCCUUGCUGCCUCGCCCAAGGCGGGCAACGAUGCCGGCAGCUGCACCCCGGCGUGCAGCACCAUCUUCUAAUGUCCCCAAGCUGCCUGCUCUGCAAGCAGCACCCUCCUCCGCAUCUUCUGCAAGCGGAAGAGCAGGUGCCAUGGGCAUUAGAGAGAGCAGACUCCCAGAGCUUGCCCCAAGGCCUCAGGGAACCUUGCGUGUCCAGGACAGGGCAGCAAGAGCUGAGAGCCGGGGUCCAGUUCUGCAAGUCUCCUCAACCGUUCCUGUGCCUCCGCAUGCCAGACCCAAGCAAAGCUACAUGGUGUCCCUGGGCUGUGCUGCAGCCGGAAGCCCGAGAAUCGGAGUGCAGCUGACAGUACGGGGGCACCACGCAUCCACCAGCAGGCUGAGAACACCAGCAAGAUCAGCCCAGGUGCUGGCCACCAAAGCUGGUGAGAUCCCCGCAGCUCAGACAGAUGCUCGGGAGGGCACCAGAGACACUCGUUCGGCUGCUACACCAUGUUUUGUAUCGGCUCAGAAGGGCCCAGAAGAACAGGCAGGAGGCAAAGAGCGAGACAAGGAGCCUCUGCCCACAUUAGUGCCUGAGGAUGCAGGCAACUCAGCUUCUCCCAAGGCUGCACACUCUCCAGGGGAGGCCAGUAAUACAGUGCUCUUCCCGAGAGCGUGUGAGGGAGGAGAAAGAGAAGGAACUGCAACCACCAUGCCUGAAUUCUCCAGACGAGCUCUGGGAGUAGCGCCGGGAUUGCAAAGUCCCAGACAGAUCAACCAGGAGGCCAGUGGAUAUUCUCCAGUUCACCCAGCUAUCCGGAGAGUUUGUGAUGAGGAGGGAAAGGAGCAAAUGUCCAGCUGCAACAUCUCCUGGCCCAACAAUGUGAGCACGCUCAGGCUGCUGAGACCGCAAGCAGCUGAUGACAGUGCCAGUGCUGCUGACGCUGCUCUGGGCAUGUUUGACAUCUGCACCACAUCAAGGGUGGAGGGUCAGCUUCCUCCUUCUAGUGAUUCCCAAACGCGGCAUGAUGGAGUACAAGAUGUCCAGCGUGACUUGCAGCAGAUCAGUGAGACAGAAACCGCAGGACCGUCAUCCGCUGACCCGUGGAGAGCAUGCCUUGCCCCAUCUGAUGAGGCAGAAGCAGUGCCUAGCACUUCUCAUCAGGAUGUGGGUCCACGGCCCGCAGGACAACUUGAGCCUUUGCGUGCAUCAGUUCCUGAAGAUGCAGAAAAUUCAGGCUCUUCCAAGGCAGUGCCCUCUCCGGUGCUGGCCAUUGAAGCACCCUUCUUCCUAUCUCUGUGCUUAAGAGGAAAAAUAGAAGGAAGAGUUUUGGCCAUGCCUGAGUACUCCAGAACAGCUCUGGGGCACUCACCAAGACGGCGAGAUCCCAAAGAAAUCUAUGGGGAAGCUUAUAGAUAUCCUACAACUCACCCAGCAAUCCAGAGAAUUCACAGUGAGGCGAGGAAGGAGCAGAUGAUGUCCACCUGGAGGGCGUCCUGGCCAAAGCGCAUGCGCAGGCUUCCCGUGCCCCCAGCAGCAGGUGACUGUGCCCGUGCUGCCGCCAGUGCUGCCACCAGGGCUCGGGGCAUGCUGGACAUCUGCUGCACGACAUUGAGGGUGGAGGACCUCUUUCCUGCAUCUCAUGAUUCCCAAAACCUGGAGGAGGAAGAGACCUCCGACAGCACUGCCAGCAAUACCAGCACUGAUGACAGCAUGCUGGAUGCCAGAGACAGCGCCGUGAUGGCUGAGAGCGUGCACGUGCCCUCCUUUUUUUACUGUGCUUGUGUGGAGUGUGUGGAAGAAGAAAGGGAAGGCAACUGUGGGGAAGAUGCUGCAGAGGCAGCCAGGGUGGCACCAAGCAUUUCUGGUUGCUCGUCUGGUGAGGUGAAGACCAGGCCUUCAGCUUCCCCUGUGGCUGCAGAUCCCAGACCUGUGAGGCAGUCGUCCACAUGCGAGGGAGCAGAAGCUGCAGCCUAUCAGCAGGAGGAUUCUGCAAGGGCCGGAGGAGAUGCGCAGAGCUCCAGGUGCUUCAGAGACGCGCCAGAGGAUGGCCCCGGUAUGUCACCAGGUGGAGACUCAUCCCAGGGAGGGCCUGCCGAGCCUGGCUGGCCCACCAAGUGGCACGGAGGCCGGCAGCGUUCCAUGCCCUGCCAUAUCCAGGCCGCUCCUCCUAGGGAAGAUCCCUGGUGGUGGGUGGCAGGCAGGGCCUUGCCCGGUGCCUGCCCUGCCCUGUGCCUACAGCUCUCUGUCCCCCACAGGUGCCGCUGCUGCACCACGCGCAGCGGCUCGCCGCCGGCUGCCAGCUGCCAUCAGGACGGCGCUUCGGGCUCUGCGCAGGGCUUUCACCUGCAGCUGCAUCACGGGACAGCGAGAGGAGAGGCACGAAGCUGCCAGCAUGAGGCAGCUCCUUGGAGGUGGCUGAUUCCAUCCUGUGGAUGGGGAGUUAUGAUUAAAGCCCAUCUUAACUGUGUCCUGGCUGAGAGCUGUGUGAUUUGAGUGCUCGUGCGUGUUUGGUCUCUGAGUGCAGCUACUGGGGUCAGAGAAUGGGGCAAAGGAUCCCUGUGUUGGUGUAGCCAGCAAGUGCAGAGAGUGUGGGUGUGCAAGGCAGAGUGAUUUCUGGCUUGCGAAGGGCGAGCCAGCUGAGCCGGUGUGUGUGUGAGGUGGCCUGUGAUGAAGGGGGUGAGUGGCUCCGUAAGGGGCAGCCCUGGUGGGAGAGCGCUGGCGUGUCUGUUGCGGAGUCACAGAAGUUUCUGGAACAUGGACUCUCAAGUAGCUGGUGCCUAUGAGCACCAGUGCAUGUACACAGGCGGGUCCACAAGACAGAGAUUUCCUGGGAGGGUGGUGCUUGCGUGCACCUAGGGGUGGUCACUGGGAGGAAAACAGGGCAUCUUGGGGUGGUUGCGUAUACGGGUAUAUAUGCUUUUGUUGCACAGCAUUAAAUUGGCAUUCAGCGCUACAUACUGUGUAUGUGUCCCCUAUGUCCCUGCACGCGGAGGUGCGGACGGGAGGGAAGCCUUGAACGUCUGUCGUCUUGGCAGUUAGGAGGCGACAUCUAUAGGGGUGAGAGCAUGGCCAGGCACAAACCCGGAGAAGACCAGGAGUUUCCCAGCUGGAUCAGAGCCGGUGCCUGCC